GAGGAGAAAGAAACGCGCGCCGGUGUGGGUGCCCGGCAGAGAUCGGCCGGGCGAGCCGGCGGAGUGUCGUGGAAGCGUUUUCUCCCCUGUGCCAGCGGUGUGCGCGCGCGCGCGCGGAGGCGAUGCUAGGCUGAGGGAUCGGCGGCGCUGUUCUUCCUCCCUUCUCCACCUCCUCCUCUUCAUCGCUCGUCCCAGCUGGUCUCUUCCCAGCGCAUCAUCGGGAUCAGGGUGCCGCUGCUCCGCUGGCGGCGGCUCGGCUCGGCGACGGGAUGGCAGAGCAACUGUGCUCCGAGCGCCAGAUCCCGCUCAUCCAAAAGGAUAACCUCUUAAAGAGUCCCGGGAGCUCUUCGAGCGACCUGGGCGCCCGGCUGGGCUGCGCGCUGGCGUCGCAGCUGCACCUGAAGCCGCCCUCGCAGUUCCUCUCGACCGCGGGCCGCGGCCCGCUCUCGUCGGCGCUCUCCCAGAGGCUGUCGCGCGCCGUCGCCGGCGCGGCGAGCAGCUCCAGCGCCAUGUGGGACAAGUCCACCUCGCUGCCCAGCAUCGCCGUGCAGAGGGUCGGCCUGCUGCACCACGCGCCUUCCUCCGGCACCGCGGCGGCUGCAGCGGCCGGCACGAGCGGCGGCGUCGGCUCUUCGUCGUCGUCGCGUCUCUCGUCGGCGACACGCUGCUCCUUAACGGCGACGGCCGCCGCCGCCGGCGCGGCAAACACGACGCCGGCGUCGCAGCCGGCGUCCUGCGGCGCGGCGCUGCCGCCCGUCUCGGCGGCUGCCGUCUCCUCCUGCUCGUCGUCGUCGAUGCACAGCGUUGCGUGUCGGAGCCUGAGCUGCAGCAACAACAAUAACAACAAUGGCAUGAACGGCGUCAACGGCGGCAGUGCGUCCGAACUGCGCUCAAGCUUGGACUCGGCCAUCUGCAACGGGGCACUGUCCUCGUCCGUCAACGGGCACCGCAGGAGGCAGUCGCCGGAUGGACCGAACGUCGACCCCCACGGCCGACGGCUACCCCUCUCGCCCGCCGAAGCCCUUCUUUACUACGGUAACCGGUUGAGCAGCUACGAGCGUACCGAGGUGACCCAGUACCGCGAUGUCUGGUACCUGGGCCUGGACACCAGCAAGAUCGAGUACGACGAGGGGGUCGGCCAGAACGGCGGAUACGACGACGAGACCGGCUCCUACAUCAAGGUGAUGCACGACCACAUCGCGUACCGGUACGAGAUUCUAGAGGUUAUCGGAAAGGGCUCCUUCGGCCAGGUCAUCAGGGCCUACGACCACAAGACCAAGGACCACGUCGCACUCAAGAUCAUCCGCAACAAGAAGCGGUUUCAUCAACAGGCCCUCAUCGAAGUGAAGAUAUUAGACCAUUUGAAGAAAAAGGAUAAGGACCAGUAUCACAACGUCAUACACAUGUAUGACUAUUUCUACUUUAGGAACCACUUAUGCAUCACAUUUGAACUGAUGGGAAUGAACCUGUACGAGCUCGUCAAGAACAACAGCUAUCAGGGCUUCAGCCUGAAUCUCAUCAGGAGGUUCGCCUACUCCCUUGUGCAAUGCCUGCGGCUCCUCCAUCGGGAGAGGAUUAUACACUGUGAUCUCAAACCUGAAAAUAUUCUCCUCAAGCAGAGGGGCAGCAGCGCCAUCAAGGUGAUAGAUUUUGGCAGCUCCUGCUUUGUACACCAAAGGGUCUACACGUACAUCCAGUCUCGGUUCUACCGCUCCCCAGAGGUGAUCCUUGGCCUUCCGUAUGGCACUGCCAUUGACAUCUGGAGCCUGGGUUGUAUCCUUGCCGAGCUGUACACAGGCCUUCCCUUGUUCCCGGGUGAACAUGAGGCCGACCAGUUGGCCUGCAUCAUGGAGGUGCUUGGCAUGCCACCCCCUUGCGUCCUCGAGCUGGCAACACGCAGGAGGCUCUUCUUCGACUCGAAGAACGUUCCUCGUCUAACUCAGAACAGCAAAGGAAAGAAGCGAAGACCAAACUCGAAAACGCUGGCUGCUGUUUUAGGCUGCAAUGACGAGGAGUUCGUCGACUUCCUUUCCCUUUGCCUUGUGUGGAAUCCCGACACCCGAGUUACCCCUGAUGAGGCACUCAGACACUCCUGGCUUGCCAUGCCAAAGGACUCAAGGCAAAUCUACAAGACAGUACAGGCCAUUACUGUUAAGGAGACAGAAACAGGCAACUUAUCGAACUCCUACAAGGUCUACAAGUGUGCCAGGCCAACGGAGCAGAAAAUUAUGGAGCAGAGGAAAGCCACCACAUCCAGCAGCGACACGAGCGCCUCAUCCGAGGAGUCCCCACUUCUCCCAAGCAGCUCUGGGAGCCACUGCGGUAGCCUCAGCAACGGUCACAAGUUCCACGGUGAUCCUCUCCAGGACUCCGGCACUUUCCUGCCACCCAUCCUGUGACGCCAGCUUGUCCAGGGCAGAUAGGCAAGCUGCUCGCAACCGGUCGGCUGCACCUAGGCCGAAGAGAUUGUUCCGCCACCUCCUUUUGCUGCUGCAUCAUGAACGGCGAAGAUGCCCAAAAUGUGUUUGCACCGAAGAGGGCGCAUCCCAUUUGCUGUUGGUCUACUGCGUUGCUUGCAGCCUACUUACUCCUUCUUGUUUUGUUCGUAUGUGACUUGAACGUGGGCUCUCAGUAAACUCUGGCCUAACAUGUAUACCUAUAAACCGUAUGUACACACCGAGAAACCAUGCACUUGUCCCUUGCGGCUAGCUGCGUUAAUUUAUGGCAUGACCACACCAGCAAAAAAGCAAAAAAAAGAAAAAGCAGAUGCAAGCAGUACAAUAUUACAAUCAAAAAGCCUUACUGGUCAACAUCCUUCCUGUACUUUGUCUUUUUUUUUUCCCAUGGUAACCAUUAAGUGAGAUAACGGCAACUAUUCUGCUGGGCAUUUGUAUUCAUCAUCAUCUCGCAUAGCAAAAAAAAAAACUCAUUUUACAUUGAGCUGCCACCAUUUGGUAUCGAGCACAGCUCACUAAAAAAGAUAUGGAGUUGACCUCUCAUCCACCUAGCUUGCUAGGCUCAGUGCUAUGCCCACGAUGUUCCAUGGCUAUAAUGCCCAUGUUAGUCCCAUAGCUGAAAAAUAAUUACCGUUCUCCACACGGUUUAGUGAAGCACACAUUUUUCCCACUUUCUUUCCUUUUUGUCUUUUUUUCCCCCUCUUUUGCUGGUGUGAACAUGCUUUAGAGGCGUUACGUCAUGCUGCCAAGCCUCCAAAAGAAUUUUUCAGUGCUUAAGGCCUUAUAUUUAGGCCUAAUGCACAUUGUAAGGAUGGCAGGGUUGCGCGGUGUACAAUACGAGGUCUCGAAUACAAGGUGGUGAGCAUCGUGUGGCAGCUCAAUGGUGUAUUUCAUGAAAGAAACUCUGUCGGACAUAUUAUCCUUACAGCAAUCCUUUGUCACUUAAUGUGUGUACGUUUGCCAGCUUUUAUUUUUUUCGUGACAUUUUGAGUCCUUAAUUGAGUGCACUUCCUCGUUGUACACACCACACAACCCACAACUUUCAGCGACAUUAUCAAUGUACUGAAAUCUCUGUGAUGGUCUUACAAGCUGGUGGUAUUAUAUGUGAAAAAAACAAAAAAAUUCCUUGAGAUCACUAUGUUACCCUACCUGAUGUGGUUAUUGCCUGAGCAAGACUUCCCAAUUUCAUCUUCAGGGUUGUAUAAUGGUAUCAGUAGAAAAAAAUGUGGCUGGUGGAAGCCACAUUAGACAUUUCAUAUAGUACACUAUUCUGUUCUAGAACAUAUGCCAUUCUCCCUACUUAGCAUCAAAAACCAGUUACCCUAUCAUUCGUGCUGUCUGUAGAGUCUUGGCUUCGUAAUUCCAUCGCAGUGCCAGCCAUGUUCAGUACGUCCUGUCACCAAUCAUCCAUCUGUCUGAUUUAAUAAUUUGAAUCAGUUACAGGUUGCGGCUCUGUACGUGACACUCAUGAUAUCAUCGUCUUGAAGUGCUUAUUUUGCACUAAGUUGUUGUGAUCCCAAUCGCAAAGCCUGCAUUGUAAGGUCACCUUUGUAUUUGACAGUGCAUAGACACUCUCGUAUUUGUUUCUUUCAGAGGUUAAUAUACAGCUGGUGAUUUAAGACGCAUGUUUAAGGCUCAUACGACAUCAUUUGUGGAGAGAAACAUUCUGUGAAGAGGCACAGAAUGAGUUCGUCAUUCAUGAGAGAGAGAGAGAGUGUGUGGAUGGGGAGAAGGAAGGACACUGGCAUUGCAUCCAGUUUGCUGCUCCUGCAGUUGAGGAAGAUAUGACACAUCCCAGCUGCUGCUAUGCUUGCGAGCAGCCCCGCUACGCAUCGAGUUUUCAAAAGUUGAUGAAACCACGUAUUCAAGAUGUUGCAUACACGCUGAACUGGCCACGAGGCUAGCUGCAUACACGUUGGAUCGUACAAUCAUGAGCUCAUUGUAGUGCCGAUCAUGCUGGGUCACUUUAUGUAUGCAAAGUCUGUGCAUCGCAUUGUAAACUGCGACCUGUAAAUAAGUACAUACUGCGCAGUUAAAUUGAAAAGCAAAGAGCAUGCAGAAAGUGUUUUGCUUUUCUUGUUCAAGGCCUGUAUUGCAGGAGUAUGUAGUCCUGUAUAUACAGAAUGUGGCUAAAGUGUAUGGAAGUGUGGAAAGCAAGGGGAGUUGCACUGUGGCAAUUCCCGGUGCACCUUAGAGCUGUACAGCAGCAUGCAGCGUCACAGUGAGGUUGAAUUCUCGUGUGAAAUGCGUACAGCUUUGUAUUAUAACCACCAUGUUGGCCGCAGCAUCAUGUCAUGCGUUCUGUGUCAGUGUAAGGGCAAUGUUCUUUCGCUGUUGUCGCUUUCCUUUACCCAGUACGGCAAGACUACCUGCCAUAAGCUUUCCCUAAAAAAAAGAAAGAUAUUCCCUGUAGGCCUUUGUCUUGCACCAGUCCUCCCUCUUGUGUCAUCAGGUUUCAGAAGCCUAUAAGGUAGAUUGUCAGUGCGGUGUCAACAUAGGAACAUUGCUUUGUGUAACCAGAGCUUUGGAUAAGCAGAACUUUGGAUGCGAUAUCACGUGCUGCAGUUUACUACAAAACAUUCUCCAUGCAUUUACACUGUUCCCGCGAGCAACAGCUCCAAUAAUAGUAUUCGCUUAUGAAAAGCUAGGUCUAGGUCCUUGCUUAUGUUUUUUUUACCAAUCUUUUUUUUUUUUUUUUAUCAUUGCUCGCUUCUCAAAUGCAUUGUGAAAGAGGGUCAUAACCUUCACGAGAGAUCCCGACAGGAUGCGUGCAUCUAUACCGUCAACAAAUGCAACCUGAAGUCACGUGUACAGAUGCUGGCUGGCAUGUCACGCAACAAGGAGAUGUGCUAUAAAUCUCAAUUGUAUUCCUUUUCUUGCUCCGAGUUACAUGUGAGUUACAUGCAGUAAGACAAGGCUAUAUACCGUUCACUGUACGUGCCAGUUUCUUGAUGGAAACGACUCCUGCAUAAUAGAACUCGAGGAAGCCUAGACUGGUAGGUAAAAGACUGAACUGAUGCUGCCACAGAUGUGCCUCCAUGGAAGGAGCGAGGCCAUUUUAAUACGUGCCGGCGCGUCGCCUUACCUUCCCUCAAGUUAAAAGGGGUCGCUAAACUUAUGGAAAGCAGGCAAGGGUGAUUUUUGGAAACAUGUUUAGGGUUUUGGGGCAUCUCACAGUCAUUUUUCAAGGCGAGGCCAAGAAAAAACAAAAAAAGUGCUGGCAUAAUGCUAUAAAAUGUGAAUCAAUGUCAGUGUGGGAGGUUGGAUUUUCAGGAAAUGCAACUAUAAACAUGGAAGAGUCAUUAAUGCAUUUACUACACACACGUAGUGGACACGAAAAGUAGCCCUUUUGCAGUAAAUAAGCGGACCAGACAAUGUAUGCGUCGCAUGUUAACAUUAGAAUAGUUAGUAGUAGUUGUAUCUUCGCCGUCAUGCCUUUUUGCCGGUGGCCUGAAACCACUAUUAAUAGUGUACAAAUCUGCGCAGAAGUUAGAGGACAUUGCCCCCAUGGCGACUGCAAAUGCUUUUAAUGCAGUACACAAAUCAUGGCUGUCAGCUGUUCCAUUUUUGCGUUCUUUAUUGGGGGUGUGCAAAUAUUGGAAACUUUCAAAUAACGAAUCAAAUAGUCAGUAUUCAUAAAUGCAAAUAUUUUUCGAAUACCUUUAGAAUAUCUCAAAACGUCAACUGUGCCUAAAUAAACAUAAAAUUGGAGGAAAUGUACAGAAAAUGUUCACCCCCGUGGGCAUAUUAGUAUACACAUAAAACAUGAGAACUUGCGUAGUCGAGCAGGUGACGUCACUUAGGUAGCCAUACUUUAUAGGCUGUACAGCGAUAAUUUGCACUCUCUGAAGAGUUGUGUGCAUGUGAAAAAACUACUACUUUGCUCCUAAAGCUCCAUUCGUGCUUUUAGUAAACAAGGCUUCAUAACAUACUAUGUUAGUGCAGAAACUUGCUAACUUAAAGAAUACUGGGAUGUAGACAUCGUUUUAUAUUAAUUCUGAUGACGGCAGUUUGCCAUUAGAAAACUAUUUGAAAAAUAUUCUAUAUUUGAUUUGCUUCUGGCACUAUUCUAUUCGUAUUCGAUUCGGUCUCAAAAAUCACUAUUUGCACACCUCUAUUCUUUAUUAUUACGAAAAAGAGCAACGAUUUUCAUUGCUGUUUUGGGGAACUAGAGAUGGGGUCAACUCCAAAAGCAUUCGCAUAACAAAGAAAAGUUAAUGUAUAAUCAUGAGCAUUGAGUAAAGCUUCUAAACCAAUGCUGUCACACCCAAAAAAACGUGCUCAACAAGUAAAAUAGGCCUACAUAAUAUGUUUUUGCAGUUAUAUACAAGUAAAAGCAGGACAUCUCAUGCAAAAAUAAAAUGCUUUCUCCUCAGUUUACGACUAUCAGUGCUUGUUUGUUCACUUAAAUAUUGCGCAUACCUACUUUUUACUGCGACAGGUGCAUUGCACAUACCGUUGAACAGUUCCAUCUGAAACCUAACUUGUUAUUUUCUGAUACUCUGGAGUCAAAAGAAUUAGGAAGCUUUGUUGUCCAAAUACACCAGCUUUCUUAGAAGCAGACUUGAAUCCUUCAGGCUUGCGUAUACUGCGCGACACACACCGACUCUCACAUAGCUCAUAUCUUAUGAACAUGCUGCAACAGUUUAAAUAGGUGAACUGAUGUAUUUAACUAACCUCUUUUUCCUGGAUGGACAAGAUAUAAACAAAAUGAACCAAGGCUCAUCUAUGACUUGCAAAGUUUGGCAUUUUUGCAUGUUAUUUCAUCGUGCAGAAAAUAAGAAAUAAGAAGAAAGAAAGGGGGCACGUCUGCUUUUGAGGUAGACCAAUUCUAGUUGAACGUUCUGAUAAAGUGCAAAGAGUGAGAAUCUUGCUAUACGCAUAUUUUGUUAUUCAAAAACAGCAAUAAACCUGUCAUUUUCAUGCAUGGCACAAGGAGAAACAGCAAGAUAAACUUUUGUUUGUCCUAAAACGUUUGAACGCACCAAGUUUCAAGUUUCCAUCCAUUUUACAGGGCUGCAGGUAUGAAAGAGCCACAAAUUGGAAUGUUUAAGCUCUCGAAAAGGCUUUUUUUCAGAUUGUUUGCGAUGGGAUUCUCGCAACGGAGCAAAAUACUAUGAAGUUUCCGUUGACGAAGCCUCACGAAAAAACAUGAGAAAAGUUAACUUAGUUGCCUGAAGUGUUGAAUAUUGGCUGGAGUGGUCUUACCUUCCACUUUGAAAUUUUUUGGACGAGUUUCUGCACUCUGAUGUCGGUCUCAUCCUUUCCAACAUGCUUGGGAGUCUCGUACGCCCCACCACCCACAAUGUGCCGUGGUUGCUCAUUUUUGUUGUUGCUACUGCUGUUGUUGUUGCAUAAAACUGUGCAUGCGCUGUUGUUUCUUUGUGCAGUGAGUAAUUGUAAUAGCUUUCAUGAGAAAUCCUUGCUUGCGCUGUCUUAGUCGCCUUUUCUCAUUAAUCAUUCCCUUCAAGAGCGGUACAUUAGCUUGCUUGGGAUGUCGGAGAGCCAGUGCUUGGCUACCAUUACCGAGCUGGGAGAGUUCUAGAAUCAGUCGCACCAGAGGACACCGAGGAUACCAGAGGCACAACAAAGUGUGGACAAGGGUUUCCUUGGUGCUGGAGAAUGUGCGGCUCGUUGGUCUGGUCCCCCUUUUUGCUCCCCAGUGUCUAGCGAAUCUAGUCGUGCUUUGCACAUGCAAUCGUGCUCCUGCGAGGUCAUUAUGCCCCACGAGUGUCUUUUUUUUUCCCCUUCUGUAUAGAUUUUGUUUAUUUGCGUAACUUCGUGCAAAUAUGAGUGCUGCUCUUUUCCGCUGCAUCUUCUCUCUUUCAUGUACUUUGGUCCAAUUUUCAAGUGCACCGUCUCUUCGGGAAUCGUCUGGCCGUGCAUAUUGGCCAGUUAGUUUGUCGUACACCUUGCUCGGAAGCUGGAGCCUCCCAGAUGCGAGAAAUUUUCGAUGCAAAGACGGUGCUGCCCUGGAUAAACAAUUUUUUCGUAUACACAGAAGCGGCGCAUGGAUACAUGUGCAUCUUCCACGCCUGCUUGCAGCUGCCCCGUAAAAAGAAACAAUAUAAAGGACAUCCAAGUCGGCAUGCAGCCAGCCCAAAAUUCCUGUCGUGUAAUAAGGAAAGCCCGUGUUAUUUAUAUAGGGCCAAUGCUUGGCUGUAGCUGUCGCAUAGCUUAUUGCCCAUUUGACAAGCUUGAAUCACAUGCUUAUGUUGCAAUAUGUGCAGCAUGACAGAACAAUUUCUCGAAUUUGGGCACCUCCUCCCAAUGAAUAUAAUGUUUUACUCAGAGCUCUCCAAGGUGGACUACGGCGUGUGGCAAAACAUUAAGGCGGCACGAGCUGGUUCUUAAGCAAUAUGCUAACUAUCUGCAUUCAUAAAUCGUACUGCCUGCUGCUUAAGUUAGGCAGCUGAUUAACUUGCUUUAUUUGCAUCGUAUACUACCAACCGGUCACCGAAAGUUUAUUAAAUGUCGCAGACUUGAAAGCAGAAUGGUAAUGGAAUGGCUGAAGUGAAAGCAAACUGAGAAGGAGCCAUGCGAAAGAAAAUGCAAUUUUUUUAAAUGAAAAAUUGUGAGUCGGUAAUAAUGCAAGAACUAAGCCCCUUGUGCAUCUGCACUUUUCCAACAGCUAGCAGAAUGUGUUCAAAAUAAGUUGAACUUGAAUCAGUGAUACCACUAUAAUCUGCAACGCUUGUGGUAGGCACGGUAAAGUUCUACAACGCUCCCUUUUCCGUGGCUGUUCGAACAUGCUUGUCUGAUUGAGUCAUUUAUUUGUUUCUAUAAAAUUGCUCAUUUCAUUGGACAAAUUUGUUUGAAAACAGAUGUUGGUGGCCUAUUGAAAACUACAAGCUGUUGAAAUAUACAUCAGCACAGUGCUAAUUUGUACCAGUUGGAUGAAUAAAUGGCGUGCUUAAGCAGGACAAACAGACUACAGCAGCACUUGCCUAGCUGUGUUGGCUGUUGCAUCUAUGUACUAUCCAAUAGCUCUGUUUCUUUAUUCAUCCAAACAGCUGAAUUAUCGGAUCACAUUAGGUGAACAAACUAAUGAACAUCCCUGAAGUAUUACAUGUGGCUUCCAGCACCUGUUGAGGUUCAUGUAACUUAAAAGGUGUCCCUCUAUUAACUUGUUUGAGAGAAAAAAAAAAGAUGUAACAAACUGAAAUCGGAACAAUAUAUGUGUGAUGAGCCAACACCGUCUCUUCAAAAUCGCCCUCCGUGAAGAGCUCUGAUCAUAUCACUCACGUUUAUCCACACAACUUCCUUUCCCUUUCCCUGCAUCGUGACUUGGUGUGUAUACUAUUUAUGGUGUCUACUUCCAUAUGUUUACUUAGACGCGCAAAAGCGUACAUGCUUUUUGGUGAAUGCUAAAUCUGUCGAGUGAUGUCAUGGGUGCCUUUGAAAAGAGAGAGUGUAUGAAGUGAUAACAAAUAAAAUAUGAACACAAGAAUCCAGGAAGCGCAGCCGAUAUGCGAUUAGACUGCAAAUGAAAUCAAUGUGUGAAUAAAGCAUUGGUUUUUCUCUCUGG